UCGAUUGCAACACGUCGGGAAAAUGUCGCGAAUAUGCUGUCUACUACUCCUCUUGAGCCACCAAGCAUUUUCAACUGAACAGAAAAAACGCAGCCUUAUCAACUCCCUCGCCGUGCCAGCCGGGUUCCCAGCUCGCCACUCUGUUACAGAACUCCACAACCGCAUACCAAUACCAAUACCCCAGCCUAUACCGAUACCUGUUCCACGGCCCGUACCGUACCCUGUAGGCGUUGGUGUACCUGUCGACCAGCCGCGACCGGUACCUGUGGUUAUACCGCACCCAGUAGUCCAUAUCAUCCCGCGACCAAUAGCGGUACCGAUAGAUAAACCGUAUCCGUACCCGGUAGCGCAUCCUGUGCCGGUAACGAUCACGCAAGGGGUACAUAUACCGGUUCCGCAGCCGUAUGCGGUUGGUGUGCCGGCGGCAGUACCGGUACGGGUGCCGCAGCCGGUACCGGUAGCUGUUAGUCCGGUACAGCAGGUAGUUCAACCGGUAGCACAAGUAGGAGUGAGUGGGGGGGUUGUGGAAGCGCAUGGUCAGACAAUAGUGCAUCCUUAUUGAGUGAUAG